CCCACGGCUCAGGACCUGGCUGGGUUCUGGGAUCUCCUGCAGCUCUCCAUUGAGGAUGUCACUGCCAAGUUUGAUGAGCUGCAGCAAAUCAAGAGUAAUGAGUGGAGGAUAGUGGAGAGUCCAGAGAAGAAGGAAAGAAAAUGGCCACCUCCUGUUACAAAGAGGCCUCCUAAAGGUCGUGGAGCUGUCAUGCGCGAGCGAUCCUUGGAUCUGCAGGACCGACAGAGGCAAGAGGCCCGCCGUAGGCUCCUAGCUGCAAAACGGGCUGCGUCUUUCCGUCAGAGCUCAGUUACAGAGCGGGCUGACAGCAUAGAGAUCUACAUCCCUGAAGCCCAAACACGUUUAUGAAACGCACAUAACAACAGGGUACAUCCAUUCUGCUCCAUGUCACUGCUCCGCCCGUUCACAUUCUCCCAUCUGUUACAAGUAUUCUUCCUCUGCUCAUCAUCUACUCUGAGCUGAGAAUAGUGGUGAGUUUAUAUAUGCCUCAAACAGAGCUCAAUGCAAAGAGGUCAUGGCAGUCUAUGCACUCCAAGGCCUGCAGCUACUGCAACCCAGUUUGUAUUUCAGUUUUAAGUUCAUUCAGAGGCCAAAACUAAGGCUUUGUCCACACUGCACACAAAUCCGAUUUGGUUUUCACAUCCAAUUUUUAGGAUGCAAUUAGGACACGGUUGCAAUAGUAGUGAUUAAAGUAACAAUCCCGCCAUGAGAUGUGUGAGAGCGAUUAGUUCAUUAGCAAUUAUUAUAUUAACAUUCAUGCGCAUACUGUGUCCAAAACCACUGACUCAUUCACUCACUAUUUAUGACAUGAAUUUUAUGGAGCCAUAGGGACAUGGUGAUGGAAAAUUAUAUUUCAAUGCUUUUAUGUUCUCUCGCGAAACUCUCGCGUUCUCUUGAAAAAAUAUUGCGUUCCCCUGAGAAACUGCAUUCUCUCACAAAACAUUUGCGUU